ACGAGUGCGGACGCGUUUGGCGGACAGAAAACGAAAGGAAAGCAACAGCAGCCAGUCCCACUAAAGCUGUAAACAAACCCAUAUAGUGGCCCACGUUCGCGAGUGUCCAUAUGUGUGAUUAGAUUUGUUGGAAAUAGCCAAUCCGAUCCUCAAACGGCAUCCUAAACGGCAUCAUGCCCGAAAUCAUCGAGCUGAACGUCGGCGGCGUGAGCUACACGACCACAUUGGCCACACUGCAGCAGGAUAAAAGCACGCUGCUGGCGGAGCUCUUCGGCGAGGGUCGCGAUGCGCUGGCCAAGGACAGCAAGGGUCGCUACUUCCUGGACCGCGACGGCGUCCUCUUCCGCUACAUCCUGGACUUCCUGCGCGACAAGGCGCUGCACCUUCCCGAGGGGUUCCGCGAGCGUCAGCGGCUCCUUCGGGAGGCGGAGCACUUUAAGCUGAACGCCAUGCUCGAUUGCAUCCGCAACGAGCGGGACGCCCGACCGCCCGGGUGCAUCACCAUCGGCUACCGCGGCAGCUUCCAGUUCGGCAAGGACGGACUGGCCGACGUCAAGUUCCGGAAGCUGUCGCGCAUCCUGGUCUGCGGUCGAGUGGCCCAGUGCCGAGAGGUGUUCGGCGAUACGCUGAACGAGUCGCGGGAUCCGGAUCAUGGCGGCACGGAUCGGUACACCUCGCGGUUCUUCCUGAAGCACUGCUACAUCGAGCAGGCCUUCGACAAUCUACACGACCACGGAUACCGUAUGGCCGGAAGCUGCGGAUCCGGAACCGCCGGCUCGGCAGCGGAACCCAAGCCGGGCGUGGACACUGAGGAAAAUCGCUGGAACCACUACAACGAGUUCGUCUUCAUCCGAGACUAGGAAGCUAAUAGAGGCACCCCAGAACACCCCACCCAAUCCACCUCUGUAUCGUUAUUUUUUCUUUGUGCGCGAUUUGUUUGGAAAUAGAAUUUCGAUAACCAGACCCAUCAUAAUGGACAGGAUCAGGAGGAGGACGCACAUAUUUCAAUGGCUUUAGUUUCAACCCACCUAUUGAUAUACAAAUGGGAACAUUUCGAAUGUACAAUUGAACUAACAAUCCACACUUAAGUCUAGAAGAUUAUUGACACACAUAGAUAACUAAAUACUAAACGUGUUUCCUUGUAUUGCCUUGAUUACUUACAACUUUGCUUACGCGUUCAUCAUAAAUCAGGGUGGGCCCAUUAAAUUCGAUAAACGAGCUGGUCUGCUCCAGACUCUUUGAUGAAUGAAAAGCGAUUCGGAUUUACUGGCUGACAACAAGUGAAAACAAUUCGGCAAGUGCAGAUAACAAAGCAAAGCGAACGUUUUAUUAGCCCCAACUUUUGUUGAUCCAGUGCAGUAUAAACAAGAUGAGAAGAAAACAUUAAACAGAUUAGCAUCAAUGAAACCAACUCAAACGGGGAGGAACUCACCACAUGGAUAACGUAUUUGUGGUAAUUCAAUCACACUGAACAAUUUGAAAUACGGGUUACUUUUUGAAACAAACUAACGAAUUAUUGUAGCAACAGAUACCACAAGCAACCAAACCCUAACCCAAGCAAAUGGUAAAUAUAAAGUUUUAUUAGUCUAAUAAAAGUCGAAACUUGAACUAAAGAAUAUACAAAUAGCGAAAUAGGACAACGGCGAACGACACGACAUGUGGCCCCAAAAAUACGUUGAUCCAAGCCCUAAAGCAGCCUGCAAUCCAUAAAACUCAAACACGAAUCGAUAUUUGAAGUACAUUUACUAUACAAACCAAACAGCGGCUGUCAUAAGAUACGCCCUUUUGCCAUAACUCUUAAAUCGUUUCCGAUUCAGAAAAAUGGCACCGGAUUUGCGGGCAACACUUGGCCUGGCAACUUUGGGUCCUGCAGCAACAAUUGGAAACGAUUUAAAAGUGCGUUUUAGAAAACAGCUGAGCCCCUCGUACUUUCAUACACCGGAUUUCAUGGCCAAUCCAGAAAUGCGAUCAUCUUUGAUCAUGGCUGGUUUCCAUCAUUUGUCGAAGCCAAAUGAGAAUAGUUGUGCGAUUAUGAAUUAUUAAUGAGCUGCAAUGAGAAAUGCCAAAUACCAAAUGGUCACAAGGACUUCCAGAAUUACUAUGGGAAAACGACACAUACGAAACUAAAUUUGCUGAACUUUAGAAAGGCUCUGUUACUAUUGAUUUUAUCAACAUUGGGAGCGAAUCCAUGAAAAUGUUUUUUCGCUGACAUAUCUCGGAACGCAGUUUCGACAUUUCCGCAUGUUUAUUGUUGAACUCGCGUCAUGAAAUUUCACUUGAAAUUUAUGGAUCGAAGCGCUUGGGCGGAAAUCUGAAUUGGAAAUGCCGAUGCGCAACAAUUGAAACAAAACACUCAUGAAAUUUACGAACAAUUUGUAAAAAACAAUACCAAAUAAAUUCUAUAAAUCGUGUGUAAAGAGGCAAGCAGCAUAUGUAUGUUAUCAUCAGCUAUAGUGUGCAUGAAAACUUAUUAAGCCCCAUUAUAUACUGACCCCGACUCGAUGUGAGUUGACGGCUCUUACACAGAUAAUAUGAAUCGAUAUAUACAAAUAUCUAUAUAUACCUAAUUAUAUAUUAAAAAAAUUGUCGAUAUUGAAAGUAUCUUAUAAAUGUUUAGUAUUAUAUGUAAUUGAAUCCAGAUUGAACGGACAGGGCGCCGGAUAUGAAUUGUAUCAUUAAUAAAAUAAAACUGAAACUAAUUCAAAUUAACUAAAACAAAAUGUAAAAUGUACUUAGAAAAGCGCGAAGUAAAACUGCUAAAAUAGCCAAUCAUUGUGCGACUAAGCAAGCAUAUGUAUGUAAAGAGGUAUAACUUGCGAAAAGCGAAAA